AUGACUGGCCAUGCCUGGCUAGCCGACCAGCUGGUGGUGCUGAACACGCUGCCACACGGCCUCAUCGUUUUCCUGGUCUGUGCCUUCACUACGCUGGUGACAGAGAUUUCCAGCAACACGGCCAUCGCCAGCAUCCUGCUGCCGGUCAUGGCGCAGCUCUCGAACUCACUGAAGAUCAACCCGCUGUACCUGAUGCUACCCACCACGCUGUGCUGCUCCUUCGCCUUCAUGCUGCCGGUAGCUACGCCGCCAAACGCCAUCGUGUACGGCGUUGGUAACCUCAGAUCGCAGGAUAUGCUGAAGGCAGGAGCAUUCAUGAACUGCAUAUGCAUCGGGGUCGUCAUGCUGCUGAUUCAUACGCUGGGUGUGGCCGUCUUCGACGUGCACACGUACCCGGCCUGGGCGAACACCACCAUCAUUGCUGACUGACCCAACCGGCCGAUACGCACACGUGGACGAUGCGCGACUGCACCCGCACAUGUGGACGAUGCGCGACUCUGUCGACGAAUACCCCGCGAUAGAUCACCAUCUAUCGCGGGGUAUUCGUGAACAAGUGAAGCCGGUUCGGGUGAAGCCAAAACGUACCGUCACAGCCUUGCCUCGAAUCGCAUUUCACACGCUGCGUUCAAAUGCGCCAUCACGGCAGAUAACCAGAUCCCAUUUCGAGAUAACCAGAUAACCAUUUCGUGAAGCAACGUGGAUCUUACGAGGGCAUUGUAAUACGACCCGCCGGCUUUUCUCUCCCCUUCCUUACCCCAGACGAUCGGGUCAUACGUCUGUGCCUCGCCACGCCGCUCCCACCCGCUCGACGUCCGUCCCGACCGUUGUUAAGAACUCGAGUCGCAGGGGCUUCAAGCGACCACCUGCGGCACCAGUACUUAGAAACGGAGCCGGACUCGGCAGCGGCGCGGACUGA